AUGAAUUUGACAAAACAAAGUGAGAAAAGGAAAGAAAAUGAUAGAUUACGUAAACAGAGACAGAGGCAGAAAGAAACGAAUGAUGAAAAAGAGCUUAGGAAAGCAAAGGAUAAGAUGCAUAAAUUCAAACAGAGACAGACUGAAACAAGUGAACAAAGUGUGUUAAGAAAUGAAAAGGAGAAGUUCUAUCAAGAUAAACACAGACAGAGUCAAACGAAUGCUGAAACUCAAAGCAGGAAGGCAAAGAGCAGGUCAGAUAAACUUGCUGCAAAACAGGCUCAAACAAGUGAACAACAUGUGUUAAGAAAAGAAAAGAAGAGAUUCUAUCAAGAUAAACACAGACAGAGUCAAACGAAUGCUGAAACUCAAAGCAGGAAAGCAAAGGACAGGUCAGAUAAACUUGUUAGAAAACAGGCUCAAACAAGUGAACAACAUGUGUUAAGAAAAGAAAAGGAGAAAUUCUAUCAAGAUAAACACAGACAGAGGCAAACGAAUGCUGAAACUCAAAGCAGGAAAGCAAAGGACAGAUCAGAUGAAAUGAAAAGGCGACAUGAUGAAACAAUUGAAGAAAUGAAAAGUGAACUGUCACAACUUUUAAGCACAGAUGAAAUAUCACCAAAUGGGUUUCAAUAUAUAUGUCUUACAUGUAAAAGGCAUAUUAACAAAAAUAAGAUUCCGCCACAGGCACAGUAUAAUAAAAUGUCUGUGCCAAAACCACCAGUGAUCAUUUCAGAAUUAACUGAUUUUGAAAGUAGACUUCUGGCCCGCAGAUACCCCUUUAUGAAAAUAGUGCAGCUGCCAAACGGGAAACAGCGUGGUGUAAUGGGCAGGGUAGUAAAUGUACCAGUUGAUGCAUCUGAACUUUGCUCAAGCCUUCCAAGAACAUUGUCAAAAUCUGGAAUUCUUCCUGUAAAGUUGAAACGAAAAAGGGCGUACAAAGGUCAUGUCACUUACCAAAACAUUAGACCACAUAAGAUAAAACAGGCAUUCCAGUGGCUUCUCAAAAAUAACAGGCAUUAUCAAAAUGUAGUGGAAACACCAAACUGGCAAGCAAAAUGCCAAGAGGAAAAUGAAGAUGCAUGGCAACAUUUCACAGAGGAAUCUACAGUGAAUAAUAAUCCAGAUAUAACAUCAGAGGAAGGACAAGAUGACAAUAGUGCCAGUACUGUGUCUUCUGACUCAGAUUCCAUUUCAAGUGAUAUCUAUAUGAUACAGCCAGAUACUUUUGAAAAUGAAGAAUCUCAGUUUGACACUUGUGUCCAACCAUCUGACCCAGCUGUUGAUGCUUCAGAGAUAAUAAGUAUUGCUCCUGGAGAAGGACAUCAUCCAACUCACAUAAUGCUGGAUCCAGGUUGUGAGGAGCAGGCCUUCCCGAAGUUAUUUCCUACAGGUUGCUUCGGCUUUGAUACUGAAAGAAAUGUCAAGGUAACUCCAAAAAAGUACUUCAAUGUGCGUAUUCUUAACAAGAGUGAAGAAUUUGCAAAGAACACAGAGUGUCUCUUCUUCGCGCAAUACACAACUGAACACAAACAGGUAAUGGACAAUAUCUCAAUAGCAGUGAGAAAUUCAUACCGUUCCCUACCAUCAGAACAAACUAUCAAAGCUGGUUUUAUUCAAGAUCCCAACAGGCUGAAGAAUUUGAUUCUUAAAGACAAGGCUUACCAUUUCCUCCAAACUGUACGUGGUUCUCCCCCUUACUGGCAGAAAGCUAUGUUCAAACUGAUGGCUGCAGUAAAACAUUUUGGGAUCUUCACAUUUUUUCUUACAUUCUCCUCGGCAGACUUGAAGUGGCCUGACACUAUAAACACCAUCUUCAGACAACAGGGCAGACAUUUGUCGAAUGAGGAAAUCAACAGUUUAAGCUGGGAAGAAAGAUGUGCAUUGUUGCGAUCAUACCCUGUUACAACUGCAAGACACUUUGAUCACAGACUAACAUGCCUAUUUAAUGACCUGUUACUUAGUCCAGCUGAUGUUCUUGGCAAGCUUUCUGAUCCUACAGAGGACAUUGUUCAGUUCAUUGACAAGUUUAUAACAUGCUCCAUACCUUCAGAAGAAGACAACCUAGAGCUUUACAGUCUUGUUACCACAGUACAAAAACACCACCACACUGCAACCUGUAGGAAAAAGGGAACAGAAUGUCGCUUUGGUUUUCCCAAACUUCCUUCACCAUGUACUUUAAUAGCUGCUCCAGUAGAAUCUGAAGAUGACGUUUUCACAGCGGCUACAAUGGAGACUGCAGCAGAUAUACUGUAUAAUGUGGUUCAAGUUCUACACGAUGACAAAGAUCACAGAACUGAGUCUAUUGAUGAUCUCUUGAUUGCCACACACUUCACUGUUGAACAGUAUUUAUAUGCGUUGUCAAUAACUAAAAGAGGAAAAACUGUUGUGCUGAAACGGCAACCUAAAGAAAUCUUCAUCAACUGCUACAACACUACUCUCCUGCUAGCUUGGCAAGCAAAUUUAGAUGUCCAAUACUGUUUAGACCCGUAUGCUUGUAUAGCGUACAUGGUGGCCUAUAUUACGAAAGAUGAAAGAGAGAUGUCCAAGGUUUUCCAAAAUGUGGCAAAGGAGAUGUGCAAUCAUGAUUGGAGUGAUCAACUUAAAUCGUGCGCUAAUGCAUUUCUUAAUGCAAGAGAGUUAAGCGCACAGGAAGCUGUGUAUAGGCUUUUAAGUUUGCCACUUUUUAAAUCCAGUUUUUCAACAGUAUUUGUUCCAGCAGACCUGCCGAACAAGAGAGUAUCAUUCCUGAAACCAGUGUCAGUUGUCAGAGAAAUGGACGAGGAUGAAGAGGAUAUAUUCACCACCUCUAUCGUUGAUCGAUACAGUGCAAGACCAUUGUCACUUCAAAACAUGUGCCUAGCUCAUUUUGCUGUCACUUAUUCACCAGCUCAUUCUGCCAGUGAAAUUGAGCCAAAUUCUGAAGAGGACGCAAAUGACACAGAUGAGUCUACUGACAUAAUACACUUGAAAAAUGACCUUGGUACGAUGAAAAGAAGGAAGAAGAAAGCUGUACUAAGAUAUCAUCACAAAUCAGUUCUUAAAGAACCAGAAGAGUACUUUUACUCUCAACUGUUGCUAUUUUUACCAUGGAUUUCAGAAGAAACUGAUUUACUUAGUGCUUCAUCAUAUGAACUAUUUUACAAUGAAAGUGUAGAUAUCAUUGAACAAAAUCGUGCUGAAGUUGAACAUCACAGUGAAAUAAUUUCAAUGGCACUUGAACAAUUUGAAACUUGCGGUCCACCAGUACACGCUUUCGAUCAAAUAUCUCCAAACACACUUCAGGAAAAGGAAGAUGAACAAGGCUAUGAAGAGGAUGAACAGUUUGCAAUUUUGAACCCUGAAGAACAUUUAGAAAAUACUUCCUUUCCAGAUGAUAUGCCUGUUGCAACUUCAAAUACAACCUAUUCCAUUGAAAUAAUACCUCGAUAUCAUUCUGAGGACCAAUAUUAUCAGGAAGUUAGAAACCUUAAUAAAGAGCAAAGAGAGACAUUUCAAAUAGUUCAGAAAUGGUGUGAAGAAAAAUCUACAGCUAAAACUGGCACUACACCAGAACCAUUGAUCCUGUUCAUCUCUGGGGGUGCAGGUACUGGAAAAUCCUACCUUAUUUCAGCUACGUACCAAAUGGCCUUGAGGACAUUUCAGAGAGAAGGCGAAAACCGUGAGGACAUCCAUGUGCUUCUCACUGCUCUAACAGGCACUGCUGCGCACAACAUCUCAGGCACCACUCUCCAUUCUGCGUUUCUCUUACCACUAGGACAAACACAAAGCUUUUGCAAACUAGCAGGUGAUAAGAGAAGUACAUUGAGAUCAAAACUUGGGAAUCUUCAAUUGCUAAUUAUUGAUGAGAUAUCGAUGACAAGAGAUGUUCCCCUUGAUCAGGCUCCUAAGGAUGUUCUGUAUGUCUAUGCAAGGAACAAAGAUGUAGACAGGCAUAAUGAACAAGAACUUAGAAAGAUUGGUGAACAUCAUCCUGUUGAGACUAUUGUAGCAGUUGACAAAAAACCAAAAAGCUUGGAGAAUUAUCAACCCAGAGGUGAUUCAAAAUUCACAGGAGGUUUGCCAGGUGAACUAACACUAGCUUUGCUUUCAAGGGUUAUGUUAGUACGAAAUAUGGAUGUUUCUGAUGGGCUGGUCAAUGGAAGCCAAGGUAAGUUGUUGGUUUUGUAA